UCUCUCCUUCUAACCAACAUCAACACCACUUCGACAAACAUCGCAAACUGAAGUUCCCCUCUGCGUGAGCUGUCACGAAGCUCCUCGAGUAUCUUCGAGUUUGUCGAGGCCUCGAAGCCAACCUUCGACAUCCCCAUCGUGUUUCAUCGCUCGUAUCGCACGUUCACCUUCGAUUAACCCUACCCCACCUCGACGACAUCGAACUGCAUAUUUGGCUGGACCAACGCGCAACAUCAUCCGGCUUCUCGAGAAAUCACUUUCGAAGAGUAAAAGAUCAACAUGGCUACUCAAGCCAAGAUCACUCUUACUUGCCAGAACGGCAAUGUCACCCCCGCCGAGCGUACCCUCAUCCUUGAAUCCGGCUCUCCUAUUGCACCGAUCGGAAGAGCUUCCAAAAGCAUCAGCAAAGGAUUAUUCAGUUCUUAUGACAAUGCGUGGUUCGACAGCCCUGUCAUGUCUCGCGACCAUGCACAGCUCACAAUGAACUCGGAGGAUAAGACAAUCAACAUUCGAGACAUUGGCUCUAUGCACGGAACAUACGUGAACGGUGUUGAACUUGCACGUCAUGUGCCAUUAACUCUGAACAAUGGCGAUAUUGUCGUCUUUGGUGCUGAGGUCAGACGUGGACCCGAGACUUUCCCUGCAUGCAGCUUUCGCAUCGCUAUCGAGUUUUCUGACAGAAUGACUACCAACACCUUCUCUGUCCCCGAAUCUUCCGACAUCGAAGACGCUGAUGACGAUGCAGAGGACGAUGAAGUUAGUGAGGAUGACCAUGCUCGUAGACAACAGCAAUCCAGUAGUGAUGGUUGUUCUAUCGAGCCUGCGUCUCCACAAGCUCAGAAAAUCAACAAUGCUAUUGAUCUGACUCGAGACUCUCCUGAGCCUACAUCCAACAGAAUCGACCUCACAGGAGAAACACCAUCGGAGAAAAACACAGUCGCACAGUCGGCGGCUCGUGCAACUGAUACUAAUGGACGUGUCAAUCUUGUUGGCAUUGGUAUGUACACUGGAUUUGCACCUAUCCUUGUCGAGAGUGAGGAUGAGCAAUUCGAAACUGGAUUCACCGAAUCUGCAGAGCAUUCCGAAGACGGCUCUAGUGAUUCCGACGGCUCGGAGGACUCCAACAUCUGUAUUGACGAGGAAGUUUACAAUUCGUCUGGCGAUUCAGAAGCCGAGUCGGAAGACAUCGUGAUGGAUGGGCAAAAUGACAUGGAAAGUGUACAUGGCUUCUCCGAUAUGGACGAAGAUGAGGACAUUAGUAUUGGCAAUUUCGCACGCCGCCAUACUCGACCUGCACAUGACAACCCUACCAUCUUGUUGUCAGAUAUCCGAACUCGAACUCAAUUUCCCGAGAGUGUUGCGGAUGAUGAAGAUGAGGACAACGAAAGCGAGUUCGGCCUUUCCGAAGCAGGUGAGGCAGGCCUCAGAGCUCUGAUCGAUGGUGGUCUCCUGAAUGCCCCCACCAACGCUGUAUCCGAGCAUGACCACGAAUCUGAAUCCGAAAAGGAGUCUGAAAAUGAGUCCGAGGACGAGGAAGAGCCUGCACCCCAACCCGAGCCUGAGACUAGGGCAGAAGUGGUUGUCAUACCUUCUGUGAAGGAAAGCGUGCGAGUUCACGCGCCCAUAUCAACUCCUGAGAGCCUUCCUCCUUUGCAGUUCGCCCGUGAGCAUCGAUACAGAACUCUGCAGAAUUUUACUGGGGACAAGCUCGGUAUCUCAUAUCCCAGCAUUCGACAACCUAGUCCAUCAGAUGCUGCUAUGGUAAAGAGCGCCGCUCCUCCACAACAAAGCAAACCACUGUCAGGCGUUUGCGAAAUCGGAACUUUUGCCCAAAUGUUGGGAGACAAAACGGGGAAGGUUGCCUUUUUCGAAGCCCGAGAGAUCAACAAGGCGAAGUUUAAUGACGAAACAAAGCCAGUCAGGAGUGGUUUUGCGUCCUUCAAGAUAUCGCGGAACUCAGGAUUCGGCCAAUCGUCAUCUCUAGCUCCCUCCUUGCCCUCCGAGACUCCUUCUAUUCGUCAUACGGGCUUUAAAUGCGGCACCAACUUGAGCAGAACUUUUGAAGUCGGUCCCAAUGCAGAACCUGCUUUCCCAAUACGAGAGCCUUGCUCAUUCCUAGAUGAGCCUGACAAAUUUGCAAUUCCUGCUCGCACACCUAGCCCGCAGCUCGACAUGACAAGUGCGUACAACUUCCAUCUUAGCAAGGCUGCUACGACGACCCCUUCACCCUUAAAUACCAAUCCUCGUGGUAUCAAAAUUAACGACAUCAUAGAUACAUCGGCAACACCUCAACGCUCUUAUAGACUCAAGCGCAAAGCUGAUGAUAUAUCUGAUGUUACCGACGAGGAAAUUAGAAUUUGGGCCAGAGCUUCUUCCGGAUCGAGCGUCACAAAGAUCAAGCUUGACAGCAUCGUCAAGGAAACUCCUCUAAUCGACGAGGCAGCCAAUGGUGUGCCACCUCUUGCACCUAUUGCAACUCAUGUUGUUUCUGAGCCGCGGCCAGCCAAGAGGAUGAAGAAGUUUCUUGAGAAUGUUGGUUACGCCGCUCUUGGUGGAGUCGCUGUAGGAGCGGGUCUGUUCACGGUUCUCGUUGCAACAGCACCGGACUUCCUGUGAUCCCCGAUAUGAUGCCUCAGCUGUUGUCCACCUGGCGCAAUUACUUCUUUCGUUUCGGGACUUCAUCGGAAUACAUGUUACGGUUAUGGUUGAGGAAUCGGAGGUCGUUAUGGGGAUCGGCGUUUAGGACUAAGGUACUUUGUCAGGCUGGUCAUCAUUUUUCUCUUCUUGCAUUUCGGCGCUUUCAAAGAAUGGCGCUAGGGCUAACUGUGUAACUUGGUUGAACGGCCCUGAUCUCUGCUGGCUUCCAUAGGCUUUUAGUCGCAGCAAUAAAUACUUUCCUAGAUUGUGUCAGUGGUCCCCUGUCUCAAAAUCGUACGAUCAAAGUAAUGGAGACAACCUUGCUGCAACACUGAUGUAGCAAUCCUCUAGGCUUGCCUAACAAAUGUAUGGCGGCAGCCCAUCUCCUGCAAGGCGGACUGGGGGCAACAGCUGAG